AAAAACGAAAUACAUAAAAACAAACACUUCCUGGCCAUGUGGCGUCUAGGAAGCUGCUGACCAAUCAGAGGACAGCUUACAAGUCAUGCCAGCAUCAGCAUCCUCCGCGCAUGUGUGUGUGUGUGCGAAUGAAUGCGUGUGCAUGAGUGUGCGCGAUGCGGUUUCCAAGCGUAGACGUGGGCCACCUUCAUCCGAAUUAAACCAGAAAGGACUAUUAAGUGCGGAACGCUUGACGCGAGCGGAGCCGUCUCUCCAUGUGCACGGCGGCGGUGGCAAAUGGACGCCGAGGUGCUGCUGGGUCCCCCCGUGAUGGCGGACGUGAACGGCAACAAUAAGCUGGCCAAUGCCGAGCUGGAGGUGCUCAAGCUGCAGGAGCUAGUGCGAAAGCUGGAGAAGCAAAACGAGCAGCUGCGGAGCAGGGCCAACGCGGUGAACAAUUGUCCCGUCGCCUCCCGCCAUCACCACCAGAACCACCGCCAGCUGCAGACAGCUCCUCCGGCUGUCAAGGAUCCUUUCCCGACCAAGUGUGAGACCCAAUUCCCCUGGGAGCCCUAUUUUCAGCCCAGCUCGUCGUCUCUUGAUGCCGCCGAGCAGGAGGUGGCGGGGGAGGAGGACGAUGAGGAGGAUGGAGGCAAGACGGUUCUGGACGAGGUUGACGUAUUGGACCUUAGCACCGUCCUCACGGUGUCGGAACCGGAAAGCUGGCUUUAUGUAAGCACCAAAGCCAUGUUGCACGGCGGCGACAGCGGCCUCAGCCCUCUCCAGUGGUGCAGGCAGGUCCUGGACCAACCGGGACCAGAAGUGGAGCUGGCGAGGAUGACGCUGUGCCACAGAUUGGACCAAGCCAAGCGAUGGCGAGGAGUGUCCUCCGUCCGACCGUACAGCUGCAUAGACGGGCUGUCCGCACUCAGUUGCCCCAUCCUGCCUUACUCCAAACCUGCUGCAAUAAGCGACACCACAGCUCUGCCGAUGCCAACGCUGUCGCCGUCAUCGUCCGGCCCCGCCUUCCCACUCAGGCCGAGCCUCAGCCUGGACAGGGCCCCCACUUUCCUGUCGAACUCAACCAUGCACAAUGUUGGCCGGCGGCAGGCGGCCAUCAGCCCUCAGUCUUCCAUGGAUAGCGAGGCAGGCAUUUCCGAGAUGGAUGACGACUCCAUCUCCAUGGGGUACAAACUGCAGGCCAUGACCUCCACGUCGGUCAUGGCCCGCCUUCAGGAGGAGAGUCUGCGUCAGGACUACGCGUCUACCUCAGCAACAGUCAGUCGUCGCUGCUCCAGCUUCUCUUUGAACUCGCUCCGGCGCAGCGAAGUGGAUCUGGAGGAGGAUGACGAGGAGGAUGAGGAGGAGGGUUACGAUCAGCUUCCUCCUCCACAGCCUCGACUCUUCCGCACGGGCUCGCUGCAGCGGGGCGGCCUGUCCCACUCCCAUACCUUCUCCAGCUUCAGAGACUGCAGGCGCAAAUCCACUGCCUCGAGCCUCUCGCUCGGGGGGCUGGCACCCUACACGGGGGCCGCCGGCCUGAGCGGGGAAACGCACGCGUCCUACAGGAACAGCGCAGACAUUAGGUUGCGGAGAAGCAUGCCUAACCUGAUGCGAGCUCCCAGCAUGCCGAGCGUUCCCAGUAUCCCGAGCGUUCCCAGUAUGCAAUGCCUGGUGUCCCCCGUCAACCCACCGUCCCACGGUCCCUCCUCCUUGCCAACCAUGUCCUCCCUGCGCAGCAGCCUCAGCUUUGACUCGUCGAGCAGCCUCGCACGCCUCCAGUCCUCCAUUCCUUCUCCGGGCCAGCUGAGUCAACGCGUCCAGAGCGUUGGUAACUUCCCCGCUGCCCCUCGCCACCCACUCAAAGCCACCGCCUACGUCAGCCCCACUGUCCUGCAAGGCCCCUCCGCCUUGUCCACCUCCACCAGCCUGCACUCCAUUUCCAGCAGCAGCACGCCGCUGCCUCAGCCCCUCAAGCCUGCCGCCAUCUCGGUACCGCAGCCCGUAAAGACCCCCGCUGCAGCUGCCCAGUCCGCUCUCCCCCGCAGCUCACUCCCUCGCCCCGCCUCCUUUGUGGGCCUUGGUGGAGCUCCACGCUCAAGCAAAAUGACACAACCUACGCGCAGUUUGCUGACACCCCCAAAGAGCCUAACCCCCCUAAGUACCCUGAGGGAUGCCAGCUGGAAAGAUGGCUGCUAUUAACGUUCCACAGGUAUCUUCGUCACAAUGAUACUAAUACUACUCGUAAUAAACAGGGUCUCGCUGCGUUACUGACUGUAACAAUUGUUUAGCUGCCACCCAAGAAAGAAUGACUGGUUGUUUUUUUUCCCCGAAAGAUGACGUCUAUAGAUCCAGCAGGCUGGAUCAAUGAUAAAGCAGGGGUGGGAAACCUGCAGUUCCUGGGCCAGAUAUGGUCCACAUUUGAGGCGGAUUAAAACCAAGUAAAACCUCAAAGAAAGUGGUAGAAAUUCAAAUAAAAUCCACAGAAUUCGCAAAUCAUAUUCAUAAACACGACGCCACAGUGCCGCACUGGUUAGCACGUCCGCCUCACAGUUCAGAGGGUGUGGGUUCCAUUCCACCUCCGGCCCUCCCUGUGUGGAGUUUGCAUGUUCUCUCCGUCCCUGCGGGUGUUUUCUCCGAGCACUCCGGUUUCCUCCCACAUCCCAAAAACAUGCAAGGCUGACUGAACACGUCGAGUGCUGAAGGUUGUUCGUCUGUGUGCCCUGCGAUUGGCUGGCAACUGGUUCAGGGUGUCCCCCGCCUACUGCCCGAUGACUGCUGGGAUAAGCUCCAGCACGCCCGCGACCCCCGUGGGGACAAGCGCUACAGAAAAUGGCAGCAUCAUAUUUUCUUAUACAUUUCGUAAGGACUUUAUAAAAAUGAAAAGGCAUCUAUCUCAUAGAAAAAAGGUUCCCCACCCCUGUUUAUAGACACUUGCAAUAUUCCGCUAACCAGUUGUUAAAUGUGAACUCUUUACUACUGUAAGUGCGCGUGUUGAUUGGUUGUCUGCAAGCUGAAAAUAUAAAAGAUUCACGCUUU